UUUGUCUCACACCCUGUGACAAAUAACAUUUUCUAGGUAUCAUAAAACACAGAGCCAAAAUACACGAAAAUCCUCUAAGUAAAAUCUAAAAUUAUGUGUGAGCCAAGCUUUUCAGAUCCGUCGGCGUUCCUGUACUUGGAUAUGCUGGCAGAUAUUUUAAUGCAGGACAGCCUUGAAAUGGAGUCAGAUUUCAACAUCAAAUUGCGGUUUCUCAAGGAGCAGGAACAAAUUUACCUAGACAAUGCCAAAAAUGUACUUUCCGUGGAUCAAACCCUGAGAUCAGCACAUUGCAGCAUGCUUAAGAUGGAAAUGGAGCUGAAUGAGAACGAGACUAACCUGAUCGAGGCGGAGAAAGUAGUAACGAAAUUAGAGCAGAGCUGUCCAAGUCCUGAUGUCGUGGGCUGCCAAAAGUAUCCUUUGGCACGUGCCACCUAUCAGGAUUUGCUGAGUUUGCUCAUGUCCACGGAAAAAACAGCCCAUCAGUGCAACCAGAUGAAAGAGGAUAUCGAGAUGUAUAACAAGGAGAACUCCGCGAUCGUAAUUCCCGGAAAUGUGGUUGCCAAGCUUAUUGAUUGCCACAACAAUACCCUGGAGUCCCUGGAAAAGCAGAUCGAAGUUCUGCAGUGCCAGGUCACGAAAGUUCAAAAGGAGUUCGAACAGCUUUAUAACGAACAAGAUGCAAGUAAAUUCAACGUUCCGUGCCCCUGCAAACAGAUCAAGGAAUUAAAGCCAAAAGACGUAUGUGGAAUACAACUACGCUUGUAAUCUGAUAACACAAUAUAUCCAACGAGUUUUAUAAA